AUGCAUGAGGAUGAAACCCUGGCUGAGUCGUAUCGUUUCGGAGAGAAAGAAAACCUUGAUGGAUGCCUGUGUCAGAAUAAUACGUGCCAAUGUUGUGGAGAUACAUUUGGAGACGAGGUUCAACUGAUUACACACCUAAUGACGCAUAGGAUUUCCGACGACGCCUUGCACUACCAGGAGAACACGCAGCACACGCCCACGACCGACGAGAGUUGCAACGUCGACGAUUUAGCUACAGUAGCUGCACCAAUGUAUGACUUGCUCAAAAAGGACACGACUUGGGUGUGGACGGACGCAUGCUCAAGAUCAUUCGCGGAAGCCAAGCAGCGCCUCAUCGACAGUCAAAGAGUUCAUGUUGAUUUCGCCAUGAAGGAUGGUUACAACUUGUUCCUUCUAGUAGACUCUUACUCAAAGUGGAUAGAAGCAAAAUGCCUCCGCACUACAACGACGUCAAAAACAAUCGACUGUCUCAAGGAGAUAUUUGCAGCGUAUGGCUACCCGGAGGAACUGAUCAGCGACAACGGACCUCAGUUUACUGCGCAGGAGUUCGCCGAUUUCACCUCUUCUCACGGGAUUCGACACACACGUGUCACUGACAAUGACAGUACAAGUUUCCAGACACGAGGCUCCAUCAGGAGCAUCGAUAAAGCAAUGCUCCGCAUAACUCGCCCUGGCAGGGAGGAAGCAUCAGCCACUUUGAAGGCGACGCCUCGAAUGCUCCUGGAACCGGAGAGAGGGAAAAGCGAGAGUUGUGCGGUGUCUGUGGCAAUGUUUCGAGCAGACGGGAUGCCUUACACGGGCGCGCCAAGGAACACGGAUGACACAGUGCACAUUUGCAAAUCAUGUCAUCAAUCGUCUGUGAAGAUGUCUAAGUUUGUAGAACGUUGCCGCAACCGUACUGGCAAAAAACACAAAUGCGAAACCUGUGGUAAGCAGUUCCACCGGGCAGAUCACCUUACUGAACAUUACCGCACGCACACAGACGAGAGACCCUACAAAUGCAAAACCUGUGAUAAAUCGUUCGGGCAGUCUCAUCUAGAUAAUCUAAACAUAAGCGCACGCAUGCCGACGAGAGAAAUUACAAAUGCCAAAUAUGUAAUACAUCAUUCAAAGGCGAAUAUAAUUUGAAGAGACAUGUAGACUCUCAAUGUGGAAACAAUGCUUUCGUUUUCGAAAUCUGCGAUCGAUCCUUUCAUAACGAU